GGGAACUAGAUUUGCAAAAUCAAUCUGAAAAGAAAAUUUUUCCUCGAGUUCUUUAUUUUCAAAUUUCAUUUCCAAAUUAUCUUUUUACUAUAUCUGUUGAGAAAUACUUAACUCAAAUACUAUGUAAUAAUUUGUAAGUAUAUACUCGUCGUUUUUGAUCGUUGGUCGCCUGGAGAAAUAGCCCUUGACAGCUAUGUUCUCAAUGAAUGGCUUCAACUCUCAGGUGAGUUUAUAAGCGACGCAUGGCUUUAUUGAACUUUAUAUAUAAUGAAUUUUUUAUUCUUUAUAGAUUUUUUUAUAACAGAAUGAUAGUUUUAAGUUUGUCUAUCAAUCCUUGAUGCUGAUAUAUGUCUUUAUAUAUUUUAAUUUCCAAAAGUGAUUCAUAAAUCAUACUGAUGCAGUUUUACAAAUUAUGUGUUGUAUGUUGAUGUCGGUUUAUAGCACUAUUUUCCAUCCAGCAAACCGCCCUAACGAUUUUCUAAAGUCGUUUCUUUUUGGAUUUUUUUAUUAAUUUGGUUAGGGGUUAGAGUAGGGUUUGGGUUAGUAAUAUGGCCAAUUAACUUCAUCUUCCAAAAAUGACGUCAGGUCAGUUCGCUGAAUGGAAAAUAGUGCCAACCGUUGAUGUCACAUGCUCAUAUCCUGUGACGACUUCAAAGUGACCAAUGUUUACCAGACCAAGAAAUGCAGUUUAAGUCGUUGUCACUGCACGUUUGGUCCAAACUCGGAACCGUGAAUUCAUAUAAGUCUAACAGAUACAUGAUAUACAUGUACCGGUAUAACCUGCCAAUGUUUUGAUUGUGGAGAAUGUAAAUAAAUCACAAUUAUUCUCUGCGUGUUGCAGGAAUCGAACUGUAAUCAGGGUUUGACAUCCGACUGACCACCAUAUGGGCUGCUUGUUCAAAGCACAAUGGGUCAUUCCAGAAAACAUCCAUACCACCCCCACGGAGAAAAUAGGAAGUUAACCCCCCUACUCCCUUCGGAUGUCCUAAUACAUUUACUAUUAUCAGAAACAAUUUUUUCUCCCCUCUCCCUCCGGACGGCAGAAAUUUCCUCUGUGGGGGGAGUAUGGAUCUUUUGUGGAAUGACCCAAUAGCGUGUGUGGAAUGAAACUUUUUUGUGUGCCAGACUUGUGCGUCAAAUACUAGUAAAUAAAUUGCUGUACUGGAGCCUGUUGUAUAAAAGGUGGAUAAAUCGGAGUAAAAUUUGUGAUUUUGUGUUACACGAAACUUGGAUAGGAUUAUCCAACAGCCCAGGCCGGUUGUAUGAAAGGUGGAUAAAUUGUUAUCCAGUGGAUACGUUGCUAUCCAGUGGAUAAAUGUUACCCGGAGUCAGGCCUCAAAGUAACUGACGGUCAUUGAUAGGUAAAUUUUUCAGUUUGACUGACGCAUAUUAUUGCUUACAGGACACACAUAUCCGGUCAAAUUUUUAAUGGGAAAGUGUGUACACGAGUGGAUUUUUGUUUCAUUAAAACUGUGUGGCUCAAAUAUGUUAUGGCAAAUAAAAGUUUUGUUUGUCACCACUGAAAUAUGAAAUAUCCUUGUGUAAGCAGAAUUGUGAUGAAGUUUCGUUUGAUUCCCACAAUCGGUUCGAAGAAGUAAAGACUUUAUAGUAUCACGUUUUGUUUAAGUUAUAAUUCCCGUUCUAAAGUCAACGCUCGCUCACAUGUUAUAUACUAUAUCCGAAGUGUCAAUCAAAUUGUACAUUUCCUUAAUAAUAUUAACACUACUGAUCUAUAAAUGUAACUGUAUAAACGUUCACGACACACUCCCCCUAUUUUAAAUAAUCCUUAUUUGAAAUAUAAACUGACUAAUUAAGUUUGACUAACUGUUGUUCGCUUUAUCAAGUCACUUACAGUUUUACUUAUACCCAUGCAAAGUUAUUAGUCACCGUCCUCUUCAGUCUCCUGCAUCUGAUCAGGCCUUAAAAUAUCGGUCGGUCACGGACAUUGUCCGACCCAUUCGUGAAAUUGUCCGACGUAGUGAGGAAACCACCGGACAUUCUGUCCGACCUAAGUGAAGCUGAGGUUUCUUGUUUGUCCGACUUGAGUGUAUUUGUGUCUGACCGAACUGUAGCUUUGUCCAACGUAAAUCAAAAUGUACCCAAACCCAGGACUAGAGGCUUGUAUGUUAAAUGGAAAAUCAGAGUACUAAGGUGAACUAGCUGGAAAUGUUGUUUUAACGUAGUGGAGCGCGGGGCGGCGAGCGAAAUGGUGAAGUGGAAAACAGGCUUAAGUUGUCGAAGUCUUUUUUAAUACUGAUGUUCUGGAAAGCAAGUUAAUUUUGGCUUGGAAAUAAGUAUGAAAGAAACAAAUUAUUUAAUAUCUUCACAACAUUUACCAUUCAGAAUUAAUACAUUGUGCUGAUAUUCAUUUGUGUCAUUCAGACCUAUUUCCGAGUCAAAACUGAACUCGGAAGGUCAUCGGACAUAUGUCCGACCCAAACUCGAUGUCAUCGGACAUUUUGUCAGACGACCCUGUAAAAGAUAUUUUAAGGCCUGCAUCUGAUGAAUAUUCCUUAAUGCUUCAACCGCUGCUCUUCGUUUUGGUCUAAACUCUCUGGCUUCGGGAUUCAGUUCUCCUUGAUUUUGUUUCUUCGCUUCACAGUCUAGCUCCAUUGGAUAUAGAAACUGAAUAGGUCUUUCGAGGUAACUCUUUCCUGCGCGCAGUCUCACCGCUCUCACAAUUUCAUCUCUUCCAGGUAUUAGUUUGUCCACGAUUCCAAUCUUCCACUUGCCUCGGUUCUUUUCAUCGCCCUUGAUAAGAACUACAUCGCCUUCUUGCAAUCGUGCUCUUUUCCCGUGGUGUCGUAAAUCGUGUCUCUCUCGAAGUGCUCUCAUGUAUUCAUUUCGCCAACGACGCCAUAACGCAUCUUUACACUUCUUUAAAUGUUUUGCUCUCCUUUGUAGAUCGUCUUCUUCAAUUUCUUCGGUAGGCAACUCUAAUAGAUAAUUUGCUUUUCCCAAUAUCAGGAGGUUUGGUGUGAGAAUCGGAAGUUGCACGUCAUCUUCACAAUACGUUAAAGGACGGUAAUUCAGUACUACUUGUAUGUCCAGUAAUACAUCUUGCAACUCUUUGUAAGUGAGUUUAGCUGAACCAACAACUUUGUAAAGCGAAUUUUUCACCAAUCCAACCAUUCUUUCAAACAUGCCGCCCCACCAGCUUGCCUUGCUUAAGUUAAACUGCCACUGGAUUUUAUGAUCCUGCAGAAACGCGUGGAACUUUUCAUCUCGUGUAGCUUUCUUAAUCCACUUUGACGCUGCAUGAAAAGUUUUCCCAUUAUCUGAGAUCAUCUUCGUUGGUCGUCCUCGGACUGCAACGAACCUCUUGAAACUUGCCAGAAACUCUUCGCAACUUAAAUUCGGUAAAAGUUCCAGGUGGAGUCCUCGUGUUAAGGAACAUGUGUAGAUGAGGAUAUACGACUUAUCUUCAUUCUUCUUGCUGCGGUAAUAAAUAGGUCCAGCGUAAUCCACACCUACUACAUCAAAUGGCGUCAUGCCUUCGGUUCUUUCUUUCGGGAGAUUACCUUCAGGUGGGCUAGGUUCUGGUACUGUGUGAAACCGCUUACAUCCAUAACAAUGGCUGAGGACUUUCUUAGCUAGAGUUCGUAGCUUUGGAAUCCAGUAUUCUUCACGAACUUUGCUCAUAAUCAGACCAACUCCCCCAUGCAGAGUCUUCGCGUGGGCUUGCUUUACAACCAUUUCGGAUAAAACAUGUUUUGCUGGGAGAUAUACAGGAUAUUCGCCUUGGAUUCUUCCUUUACAGACGUAUAUUCCUUCAUCGUUCUUUUGAAGAUUUAAUCUGGUGGAAUCAUAUUUGAAGUUCUCAAGUAUUUCGCUUUCAGAUUGCGCUCGUUUAAUCAGGAACUGCAUCUGCUUCUGCAUUUCCUCGGUUGCCAAUGGCCCAUUGACUUUCUUGCCAUACACCAGGUUGUCAAUAAAUCUCUUAACCCAUGCUAAAACUCGUACUGCUUUUAACAGCUGGAAUUUCUCUAACAGACUAUCGACAAAAUCAGCCUUUUUCGGAAUGGUAACUUUCAUCACUUCUUUAACCAUUCGACUUUCGAAUUCAGAUUUUUCGCUGGGUUUGAUCUGUAAUUGCUCCGGCCAUUUCGCAGGCUCACUUAACCAACCAGGACCGUUCAUCCAGGUUUCGUUGACUUGUAGAUCUCUCGUUGUACCUCGACUACCGAUAUCCGCAGGGUUCUGUUGAGUUGGAACAUAUCUCACAAUUUUCUCCUCGUUAAUCUUUUUCACGCGAUUCGACACAAAUUGCUUGUAGUUACCCUGUCCGUUAAUCCACUGUAGACAAACGGUUGAAUCAGUCCACGCAUAAACACCCGUCACCGGAAGAUAACUAAGAACUUUUUUGGUAUUAUGGAUAAGGUUGCAGACCAUAUGACAGCUGACAAGUUCCAAUCUAGGAAUUGUUAAAUCGCGUUUCGCCAACCGUGCUUUGGAUACCAGCAGACCUCGAGAAACUAGUUCACCCUGCUUUGCCACUACAUAGAUAACAGCACAACAUCCCAGAAUGCUGGCAUCGGCAAACCCAUGAAUGUGAAUCUCGGUAAUUGAUGCUCUCUCUCGAGGAAUGCUUCUUGGGAAGGUUAACACACUUGGCAGACUGUCUAACCAUCUCUCCCAUCGGCUUUUAAGAUCUUUGGGCAGCUCAUGCAUCGUAAAUGUCCCGGAAGAUUACUUUCGCCGUGAGUAAAUACGGAGCAGCUAUACCCAGAGGAUCAUACAGUUUCGCCAUUGUUUGAAGGACUGUUCGUUUGGUCAUUUCUACAUUCUGUUUCGGUAGUGAUACAAACAAAGUAUCUUCCUUCUUGUUCCAUCCCAACCCCAGCAGUUUAGUAUCAGAUGGUUUAGUUCCUAAAGUUUCUUUGGCAUAAGUAGAUUCGCCGUCUUCCACGAUGUCACUCUCUAACUCCACCGCAUUAGAAUGCCAUUUGUGCAACAUAAAACUUCCCUCACUAAGAAUCUCUUUUGUCUGCUCUUUGAGUACUUUAGUCUCUUCAACUGUGUCACCUCCAAUGUUUAUAUCAUCAACAUAAGUUCCUUCGAACAAUUCUUCAACACACUGUGGAUAUUGCUGUACAUACUUCUCGAGGUGAACAUUCAAAGUUCCUCCGAGUAGAAAUGGACUUGGGCCUAGCCCAAACAUCGCUCUGGUCAUGCGAUAGACCAUCACCUCUUUGCGUUGUAGAUCAUUUAUCCAUAAAAAUCUCAUUACAUCUCGCUCGAUCUCCCUGAUCACAAUUUGUAGGAAUGCUUGUUUUAUGUCACCAGCCAAGAGAAUUGGUCUCAUUCGACUGCGUAAUAGUAUAUCUAGGAUUCGCCUUUGGAGUGGGGGACCAAUGUCCAAGCAAUCAUUCAACGAAGGUGAUUUUUCAUCAGCUUUUGCCGAAGCAUCGUAAACAAUUCUUACUUUCGUAGACUCGGCAUGCUCUCGUACUACAGGCUUGUGUGGGAUAUAAUGCUCUCGGCUUCUCUCUGCUUUCUCUGGUGCGACUUCAAUGACUCCUUCCUCAAGUUGAUUCUCUAUGAUACUGUGGUAAGUCUCUAGCAGUUCUGGUUGUUUAUCAAGCCGGUUGAAUAAUGACUGAAAUCUCCGCUUAGCAACAUGGUAAUUGGUCGGAAGCUCUGGAUGAUUAGCCUUCCAUGGUAAUGACGUUUCGUAUCGACCGUCUUCUCGCUUAGUAAGCUGUUCCUUAAACUCCUGAUAAACGCUUCCUUGAUCUCCUUCGGCACGGUCUUCUAAUCCUAGCACAUCCAAGCUGCAAAGAUGCAUGUAGUCUUCUUGAGAGCUUUUGGUGAACAUCAGGAAGGAAUGAUUCAUCUCUCGUCCCGGUGACAUGAUGGUCCAUCCCAACGCGGUUUUCUCGGCAACUGGCAUCCCAUCGUCUCCAACCCUGGCUGGUUCUGAUGUCUUGACUCUGGACAUAUCACUGGCUCCUAAGAUAAGGUGAACAGGUAGAAGUGCUUUCUCGUCUCCGUCAUUCAUAUGGAUUCCUCGAAGAUGUUCAUAAGUUUUAAUAAGUUCCUUGUACCUGGGGUUUGGCAAAGUCAUUAGCACAUCCUUCUCGAUCCGGUUCAACUCACAUGGCAUCUUGAAUUUUCCCUCAACAUCUGCAAUCUCGACUUCGUACACAUCAAUUUUCCUUGUUGUAGUUUGGAACAUCAUCUCAAUUGAUUUAAAUUCCUGUCUCACUGGCUUUUUUCCAAUUGUAUUCAAUAACGUACUUGACGCGAAAGAGUUCCCAGAUCCAGUAUCUAAAAGUGCUCGACACUUAACUCCUUCAAUCUCGACUACAACAACUGGAUAAACAACAUCAUUUCCAUUGGGUUGGCACAUCAGCUUUUGACCAUCUUCUAGUUUAUCACAAAUAGAAGUAUGGUGUCUUCGCUUGCAGUUAUAACACUGGAUCCUACUUCUACAAUCACUUGCUCUAUGCUUCUCGCCUGUGCAAUUAAAACACAGAUGCUUGCUGCUUAACAAUUUCUUUCGGUCACUUGCACUCACAACUUUAUCGCACUCUACCGAUCUGUGACUUUUGCUUUCACAAUACACACACUGUCUAGAUUGUUCCUUUGCUAACAAUAAUCUAUCUUUCCUACCGUCUUUCCAUGGUGAUCCAUCUUUCUUCGCAUCUUUCUCACUUUGUUGUAUUGGGUUUCGCUCAAUCCAUUGUCGCAAUGCUUCAACCAACUCAGGGAAGGUCCACUUUUUCCACUCUGGCGAGGUUCUUGUUAGGUCAGCCCGAAUCCCUUCCAACUUAUCCAAAGUCAUCCUUACAUUACCCGCAACAUCGCCUAGUUUUCCGAAUGUUUCAAGCGCUUGAACGUGUCCGACAAGAUUGUCAUAAAAGUUAUGUAUCUUUUGUUUUGAAGUACCAUUAAUGGUAGGUAGGGAAAUAAUUUCUUGUAUGUGUGCAUUGACCACCUCACUUGUAUCACCAUACCGUUCCUUUAACAUCUUUUUCGCUUUCGCAUACCCUUCGGUGCUGAGUGGUAAUUUAUCGAUUGUAACCCUAACUUUAGAUACAACAUGCUCUUUCAAAUAUGCAAACUUUGCUUCAUCAUUCAUAGGUGCUUUAUCAAUUUGGGUCUCAAAUAAACCCCAGAACCGCACCCAGUCCAAAUGACUUCCUUGAAAUUUUGAUAUUUGUAGAUCAGGUAAUUUUGUUUUGAUCCGUUUUGCAGAAGCAAUUUCCAACUUCUUUUCUUCCAAAGAUAAUGCAAACUUUUCCUCCCUUGCACGCUUUUCAAAUUCUGCCUGUUCUUCCUCAUGUCUUUAUAUUAGAGCUCGUGCUUCCACUUUUUGUCGAAUUUUUUCUUGGCGCUCAAUUUCCCUUUGUAUUUUCUCUUCGUCUAAGACUGACUAAGAGCCUACGAUUUAACUCUUCGAUUGCCGCUUCAUAUUCACGUAAUCUGCCAUUAUUUUCGCUUGUCCACUCGUCAAUAGUUUCGUCAGAUUCGCCUGCAUCGAUUUUCAAGCAUUGUAUAAGCUCAAUCAAACCAUACGCUUCGCUUACCUUGGUUUUUAGCGUUGUUUGUUGUCGUAUUAUCGCCUCUUUCGAAUUCACUCUCAAAAUCUCGUCCGUUGCUCGGUUAAAAUAUGCUAAUUUCCGUAGUAAAGACUGUAAGUUAACCAGUUUCGACUCAGUUUCCUUGGAUAAACCCGAUUGCUGUUCGUCUUGGGCUUCAAGAUCUCUUCGCUGACUUUGUUGUCUCGUCACCAUAGCUCGAUUUUGUAGUCAAAAUACUUCCUCAAACCCCGAUAAACUCUCGAUAAAUUCCCGAUAAAUUCACAAGUUACAAGUCCAAAUAAUCCCGUCGGAGGUGCCACUUUGUGAUGAAGUUUCGUUUGAUUCCCACAAUCGGUUCGAAGAAGUAAAGACUUUAUAAUAUCACGUUUUGUUUAAGUUAUAAUUCCCGUUCUAAAGUCAACGCUCGCUCACAUGUUAUAUACUAUAUCCGAAGUGUCAAUCAAAUUGUACAUUUCCUUAAUAAUAUUAACACUACUGAUCUAUAAAUGUAACUGUAUAAACGUUCACGACAGAAUAUACAAAACUUAAUAAUUCAACAUUUGUAAUUUCUUCUUGUUUUUCUUGCCAAUUACUGUCGAUGCAAUGGAAGUGUUGAUAAAAUAUUGCAUGAAUUCAUUUCUUCAAGUUGAUCAAUUUAUACGAAUUCAAAUUUCUUUUUACUUCCUGUGCGUUUCCUAUUGGUCAGUGGGUUCUGAAACGAAAUCUAAUUGGCUCAUCUAAAAGUAACAGGAAGUUGAUCAAUUUUCUAUCAAAUUAAUUGAUCAACUUGAGAAAAGGAAUUGGUGCAAUAUUUUAUCAACACUUCUAUUGCAUCGACAGUAUGAAGGUUACUUCGGAAUAAUUAGCAAAUGAGGAAAACAAAAGAUGACCGACGAAAAAGCUUCUGUGACCGGUAAAUUUUGUACUCCACCAGUCAUGAUAACCGGUAUACAUUCCGGAUUUAUUUUGAGGCCUGCCCGGCGUGAAAAUUGUGUUGUACAAAGUUUGGAUAGCAAUAUCCGUUGGAUAAAUUUAUCCAAGGUCCUGAGGUAGUUUAAAUCCACUAUCGAGUGGGUAUUCUCAAAGUUAAUUAAAGACAAAACAAUGUGUACUGUAUUUCACAUCAAAGAGAUUGCGAUUGUGCUAGAAAUGUACAAAUACCAUUGAGAAGUCCCUUUUUUGACAUUAAAUGAACAUGGAAAACUUACUGAUGACUUCUCUUGCUCAGUUGCUCUUGAUGUACACUGAACUCAACUGCCUACUAAAUACAGAAUGCCACGGUUUUGUCAUAUUUUACGCAGACCAGUGUCAGUGCUUAGAUGUUCAGUAUUCUGACUUUUUUCUUCUAUUAUAUAGUUUGAAAACAAGCAGUAAAACUUCACUAUUAGAUGUUAAAACACACAAUGACUUCUCUUGAAGUCAAAAAAUUUUGUUCACUUGCUUAAUUACUUUGAUCAGCCAAUCAAAUCUUGGGAGAAAAUGUUCUCAAAAUUGUUUUGGAUAAAGUGGUCAAGGAACAAAUAUUUGGAUGGUAUAUAAAAUAGAUCUCAAUCAACAUACUGAAACAAGAAAACAAAACUGACAGUCUUUGCUAUUUCUUUUGCAUAAGGAAGCAAAAAAUCUUUCAAAGAAAUAUCGAUAAGUGGAUAGGAAACUCUUCCUUAUGGGAAAAUAUUGUAUAUUUCAAUGAAUGGGCAAGAAAGCAUCAAAACUACAAAUAUAAUAGCAUGAACAAAAAACUUUAUUGCAUGUUGCUAGGCAUUUGUAAACUUUUGUUAAGUAGUAUCUUUGUAUAACUUGUGGAUUCCACUUAGCUUUUAACUAUCAACUUGCUGACAUAGAGAUAAGUUUUCUCAGGUUUAAUUAAUAUUACCCAACUGAUAGCUAUCCGCCCUGCUAUCUGUGCUUCGUACAACAUAUUUUUAUCUGGCAGAUGACCAUCCAUUGAAUAGGAGAUUUAUCAACUGGAUAGGAGAUUUAUCCAGUGGAUAUAACUUAUCCAGUGGAUAUAACUUAUCCACCCUUUGUACAACCAGCACUGGACAUGCCCGACGCACAGAGUUUACAUUUCAUAAUGGACAAUUAGUGCUAACUCUAGGUUUAAAUUCAACCCAUUGUUUUGGCUUAUGUAUUUCUGCACAUCUGUUUAUAUUAGAACUGUCAAGUGUGACAAUGAUCCAGACAAGAUUUCUAAGAAGUUUGCUUUGAAUUUUACAUUAACCCAGGAUUAAGCUAACUGUUUUUUUGAAAACUGGCCUGCCAACAUUCCCAAAUUACAACUAAUUCUGACAUUGUUGACAUGUCUUCAGCAAAAGUACCACUUUGGCUCUCCUAUUGGGGUUGCUUUUGUUAUUUAUGCUUCCCUAUGGAAGUUUGUCUUUCAUUAAAAAUGUUUCUUUAUAUUCUACCUAUAGGUACUUGGUAACCUAAGCGAAUUACCAGGUCACUUGUAUCAGUUGAAGUCAUCAGUUUGGGCUGGUUUUCUAACGUACUCAAAACAUUUUAAAACAAAGAAAGCACUCCAGGAAAGAGUACAGUCAAAACAUACAGCCAAGGUAGGAAUGUGUGCAAUGUCCCAUGGUUCACAUCAAUCACAUUGCAUACUAUAAAUAUACUGUAUGUUCAGGAUCUUGAUUAAGGCCAUGUGAGUAAGGUCAAAUAUGUUACAAGAUAUGAGCCAAUUAGAAUGCCAAUAUUCGAAGGCAUCUGAAGUGGUUAUAGGUUAACUUACAAUUCUGGAAUGACCCAAUUUGUUCAAAACACAAAUUUCAAACAAGUGUAUGAACCGGAACCACUAAAUACAGUAUAUAAUAUUACUGUAACAGUAUGUUACUACCGUAACAAUCUAAUAGUAUUUCAAACUGGAAGCUUUCUUGGCCAUCACAAUUAGAUCUUGAAAGUGUCUGUGCAUGACCAUGUUGUACCAUGCAAAAAUAAGUAUCUCAGAUCUAUAACCCAUCACUGAAUUCCCACCUUUUCAAAAUAAUUAAUUUAUUGACAGGUUUCAUGGGAACAACAAAUAGACAUAUACUGGCGAGACUCAAACCAGACUGCUCACAACUCCCUGGAAACCAACAGUCACUAGCUUUAUUUUGAGAUAGAAAAGAAAUUUGGUACCAGGUGUCUGAGUGUGUGCAGCGAGUGAGUGUGGCAGCAGUUAACAAUAAAAAAACAAACACAAAUACACCAAUGACAAGUUGACUACCCCUGACCAAGACCUGAGCACAAUGUUCAAGUUAACAAAAAACCACUACCGUAUAACAUAGGAACAAAUGACCAGAAUUAUGGAAGUUACAGAAUAUGAUAGUUGGAUACAGUUACUGCAUAAUUUGCCUCAUUUAACCAAUUGGGCACCAGUGCUCUCCCUUGUGCACCAGCAAGUGUUCUGGUUUUUGUCAGAGUAAAAUAAUAAGUGUGGCACAAUGCAACUUAGUGGUUAAUCUAUAGCUUUCCUGAAACAAAAAGUGCCUGAAAAACUAAGCCCCAUAGAGUGUAAUAGAGGAUUUAUGGUAGUUAAGUAUAUAGUAUUUGUUUAUUAUUUUAGGUAUUUUUCUCAGCUCAGUUACCUGCAACAGAAAUAUUUAAAAAUCUCCCAGAUGACUGGCAAAGACUAUGCUCGCCUUUGGCACUCGUUUCACCUUCCAAUACUGUUCUUUCACCCUGGGCUGUUUCAUAUACAUCUGGAACAUCAUUUUAUGAAAAUAAACAUGGUACAGCAUUUGGAAUGUUAAACACUGUAUUAAAUAAGCCCUCCCUCUCUCUUUAAUAAGUCCUCCCUUUUUAAUUUAUUUACUCCCCCCCAAUACAACAAAGAAAUUGCCCUUAAGGGUUCAUGUUAUUUUACCGGUUUGACUAACUCGCAGGCUGUUCAUUGCAGGGGUUAGAGUGUUAGGGUGUUAUUAAGAGAUUAUGAAACCGGAUGCCAAAUUUAUUGACAUCACCCGCAACAAAUGCCUGUGAGGUAGUCAAGCCUUUAUUUUAUUGCAUUUCCAUGCUCAGUAAGUACUACAUUUCAGCUAAAUCAAUACGCCAUCUCCCAAUAAACCCCAUCAUUCAAACAUGCCUGAAAAGUUAACACCUUGGGGUCACAAUUUACUCUAACUGCAGAUUAAUUAAAAUUUAACGCACUGUUUUGGUUAUGCUUUUUCGCACCUCCAUUUAUGUAUUUAUAAACUACAGAAGAUAAUUUAACUUCAUUGAUCCAGGCAAGAGUCCUGGAAAAUAUCUCCAAAUUUAUAAACAAGCUGUUUGCACUGUAAAUGCAUUAGGGCGCAAUGCAACUUAAUCGGCAUCAACCACAGCUAGAAAGAGCAUGUUAAAAUUAGUAAAAUUGCAAAGUUUGGUUGCAAAAUGUUGUAAAAUGAGGAAAAUAUAGCCAUGGGAAGUUCGCAAAUUUUGUAUAUAUAAUUUGCAUUACAAUACGCGCGUGAAAAAUAACCAUUUUUGAGCCGAAAGUGGUUAUUUUUACCGCGCGUAAUACAAAUCUAUACAAAAUGUGCGAACUUUACAGGGCUAUAUUUUCCUCAUUUUACAACAUUUCGCAACCAAAUUUUGCAAUUGUACUAAUUUUAACAUGCUCUUUCUAGCUGUGGUGAUGGAUGUUGUUCUUCUUGCCUAGAUCAAAAUUUAGUCCAUAGCUGGAAUUGCGUAUUGUACGAGUUUAAAUCACUGGUGAAUGAUGAUUUACAGUAAUUUACUUUUUCUUAAUUUAAAUGUAGGUUUUCCACGUUUUCAACUCCUAAAAUCGACUACUGCUCCAAGACUUUCUAUGUACACACAGUCACUAUGGUCAAGUAAAAACCUUACAGGUACAAUUACCAAGGGUGGGUAGUAACGAAGUAAUUGUAGUUCGCUACUGUAGCGAAGACGAAGUAGUUGUAGUUCGGUAGUGUAGCGAAUUACAUUUUUCAAGUAGCGAGUAUAGUUUUGACUACUUUUACAAAAUAGUAGUUCCAGCUGUGGCAAACUACAUUUUCUCAGUAGCCAAGUAGUUAUAAUUUCGCUACUGUACUUCUCAAAAUUCUCAUCACUCGACUAGACAUACUGUAAAAUAGAAUACGAUAUCAAAUCAAAUUUCACUGCGAGUAGAUAAUGUUGUUUAGUUAUAUAGCUUUAGUAAUACGUUUAUACAGUUUUGUCCUGUUUAGAGUUCAAGUUUAUCACUUUUCUUGCCAUUCGAAGGACUAGUUACAAAUUAGAAUCUUGAACGUAUAACAUCAAUGUAAAUAACAAAUGUGGAUAACAAGAUACCUUGUCAUAGCGAAUAGUUUGCUACAUUUUUUAAACAGAUUGUGAAACCUUCCGUAAAUCAUUUCAAGAUCAUAUGGAUGAUGGAUCGUCUCCAUCCAUGAAUCAGACAUACUGUAGCACUACAGUGCGGUGCCCUGGAGCAUGCGCAAAACAAAUGCACCACAACCGCCAAGACAUACUAUUUUUGAAUUAUUACCAACCAAGGCAAAUUAACAAACUUAAUUAGGCAUGUUUUCCACUUCAGUCGUAACGUACCCUAGCAUUUUCUUUUGUGUCCAAGUCAUUAGUUCCACACUCCCGCUCAGGAAACAAAGAAAUACGAUACGUUUCGGUACGAUACGGUUGAAGUGGAAAGCUGGCUUAACGCUUUGCCGAAAGUCGUGGGUUUUCUCCGGGUGCUCCGGUUUCCUCCCACAGGGAAAGUUGACAGGGUGGGUUAGGAUAAACACAGUUAAGAAAGUAAUAUCACAAUCGUUGUAAAGAUAUAAGUAUGUAAUUACAGUAGGUGGGCGUAGUACUUGAUGUAAAGCGCACUUGAUCAUAUAUCCCCAUGUAAAUUUGCGCUAUAGAAACAGGGUUCAUACAAAACUUGAAAGUCCUUGAAUGUCCUUGAAUUUGUAAAGAAGUACUUGAAAGUACUUGAAUUCUUCUUGCUUUAGUUUUUGGAUAUUCUCUGAAAUUUUUUGACAAUCAAGACGGACAUUUUGUUGAACUGAUUUUACAUGUUCAUAUCUGACCUCAUUAUAAAGUUACGUUUUGAACAAUUCAACGUCAGAUUUUGCUGAUUUUUAACACCUUCUUCAGUAUGUAGUCCUUGAAUUUGCUGAUACACGGCCUUGAAUGUCCUUGAAAAGUCCUUGAAUUUGACUCUUCCUGACAUGUACGAACCCUGUAGAAAUGCUAAUCGUAAUCAUACCAAAUCCACAGUUCGUAUUCUAUCGUGUUAUUGGGAAAAUACUCACUGAUCUGAAGUGUUCAACUUCAUGCAUACAUACAUACAUACACACACACACACACACACACACACACACACACACACACACACACACACACACACACACACACACACACACACACACACACACACACACACACACAUACAUACAUACGUAAUACUUUAUUUUGACACGCUAGCCUCAUCAACAUCAGCUGUUUUUCACGAGGGGCGUGUUAACUAACUAAUUACACAAAUAAUAUGUACAAAUUAAAGUUACAUGAAGCAUACAAAGACCAACAGGUAGACAAAAAUAUAUAAACGAAACAAAUAAAUAUUAUUGAGGACAAGUCAGCUUCACCUCGCCGUAGAUUGUAUAAUUGUCUUGAAUGAAUAAACGGAAUCAAUGCAUACUGAUUGUGGAUUAGAGAUGUCAGCUAAUGUAAAACUUGCAACAUUUAUGAUCCACAAAUCCUUCCAUUAAGUACUCAACCUUAAUCUGUUGUUUAUGCAGUAACAUGUGUAUUAUUUGUUGUGUUUUUUGUAGCAAUGACUGUACGUUCAGUGUUUACAUAUUCUGCACGUCAAAUACAUGAUCUAGAAGGAAGAGCUAACGAUAAUCCAGAUGAUGCUGAUGUACAAGCAGAUUAUUUGAAGGUAUAAGAUUAAAACUAAACGUGUGCUGCUAUGUGCUUGUUCAAUUUGCGCACUGUGACACUUGAAAAUGUUGUCCUCGUGUCUCGAAUCGAAGCGCGUUUUUUAGAAAGAUUUUGUUGUCCAGGAUCAAAUAAAUAAAACAACAGCGACAACCCAUUAUAAACGUACCUUUUGGUAUUCGUGAUUAUUAUUCGAUUUUCAUAAUGAUUUAUCGGUCACGAUAUAAACAUGACUUUUUCGAAGUAUUUUUUAACAGAGGGCAGUAUGGGACACAGUGACUGAAUAGGUCCGUCAGCGAAAAUCUAGUAUUGUACAUAAAUUAAACACGUUUUUAUUAUCAUUCCGCUCGUUUUAACACGGAAAACAAGACCAACGUGAUUGUAACAAAACAAUUGUAAAUUUCUCAUCUGAAUUCAUCCAAAUAGACGUUACUGUCCCAAUGGCCUCGUUUCAGCAUUGCAGGCGCACAUAAAGGUUAAUAUCUCCAUGUUUCAUGCUAGAAUAUCUUUAUCUUUGAUCUUGAUCCCAAUAGCCUGCAUGUGUACAGACGUUACUCUCGACGAAGCGCGCGAGAGAACGUCUGUGAGUUGGAUGAAGAUUCCUUGUUCUGAUCACGUGGAUUUUCCACAGAUUUGUGGAAAGGCCUCUGAUUGGACAGUGCUUUAUUUGAAUAAUAUAUGACAAAUGAAGAUAAUUCAAUGGUUAAUUGAUAAUUAGCAUGCGUUUAAAAUAACAACACAAUAAUUUUAAAUUCAGAGAUUUCCUAAAGAAUCAAGAUUUCCUUCGGGGCAUACAAAGGAUUGAAAGACUUGAAAUAUAAUCUGAAAAACGAUACACCAGAAAUAUAUUGCAUAUAUUUCUCGAUGAAGAGAUUUGUUUUGAAUGUGAACAAUACUGAACGAUGAUCAUAGCCGCCGGCAACUCCGGUGUACAAGCUCAGUUCUUGGCGUACAUAUGGCCUAUAGUUGUUUACAAAGACAAAGUAUUAAAUAUAAACACAACUGGUUAUUCAAAAGGUGCAUUUUAAAGUAAUUAAAAGUUAACUGGCCAUGUAAGACGAAGUAAACACACGAAAGAAAAUGCUUUGUCGCGAGGGGUCGGGACAUAUAAACAGAUCGUCAAUUCAAUUGUCAAUUCAAUUAUAAAUUGUCAAUUUCCGUCCGAUGGUUUGUUGUAUUUUAUAUUUGUCAGCAUUGUUCGCUGAGUGUCCAAACACUAGAAUUUUAUCUUGAUUUUCUUAACCUCGAUACAGCACAAAAUUAAACGCAAUAGAUUAUAUUUCAAGUCUUUCAAACCUUUGUAUGCCCCGAAGGAAACCUUGAUUCUUGAGGAAUUUAGAAUUAUUGUGUGUUAUUUUAAACGCAUGCGUGCAAAUUAUCAAUAAACCAAUGAAGUAUCUUCAUUUGUCAUAUAUUAUUCAAAUAAAGCACUGUCCAAUCAGAGGCCUUUCCACAAAUCUGUGGAAAAUCCACGUGAUCAGAACAAGGAAUCUUCAUCCAACUCGCAGACGUUCUCUCGCGCGCUUCGUCGAGAGUAACGUUUGUACACAGGCGAACAAGAGUGCAGUAAACAGUGCAGUCUAUUGAACCCUAAUUUCAACGAGUUGUCUUUCGUCUACAGUAUGCUCAUUAGCUGCACAAAAUUUCAUAUUAAACUGUUGUUAAACUGACAUACAGACAACACACAUGCAUACACACAUACAUAUGUAUAAACAAACUCAUGUGAAAGCACAAUCUCCAGCUGGCGGAGGUAGCGAGGAGGUAGUAAAACAGAACUUCCUGGCGCAGGUAAUAAAUUUUAAUAUAUAGAGUACAGUAUAUAACAGUAGACGUAUUUAAAACGUUUCCCAGACACAAUGUUCUGCUUGUAUUUUCAGGCAAUUGUUAAAGAAGAUCCGCAUUACGUAAUUCGAAGAUACGAAAGUGCGAAAUAUAAAAGUAAUGAUGCUUGUUAUCGGGAAUAUUGUAAGGUAUGCUGUGCCUUACUUUACAAAUUAACGUGAAAGACAUCCACUAGUCUGCUCUGCUGCUCACAGCAGUUUGGAACGCAAAGCAAUUUGGUCCACUACAAUGUAGCCAGUUAUGAUACUACUAUAUAAUUAUGAAUAUACAGCUGUUAUCAUAAUGAAGCUAUAUAAAGUUUUGUUGUAUCAUAUUAAUUGCCUUUCAUUCAUUCAUUUUAGGCACUAAUAUUGACAGAUAAAAUCAGUAGUGAAGAAAUGAACGAGGUAAUAUAUAAGUGUGUGUGUUUAAUAUUACAAUAGGACAUCGAACAUUGCUAGACGAUGCUGAACAAUGUUGGAUGGACAUUUUAAACAAUGCCAAACCCAGUCUAACAUCUUUCAACAUCAGCCAACAUUACCCAACAUAGCGUGCAACCGAGACUAACGAUGUUGCAUCUGACAGUGUUGGAAGUUGGCCUCGUUUCGCGUUUGAACGGGUCUUUACAUGUAAAUCAAUCAAUAUCACUGCCAGUGAAAAUUUCUCCCAGGAGAGGCCUGUGUUCACGUUAUCUAUAUUGUUAUCUAUUUUUUCUGUGCCUGCAUGUGUUCUCACGUGCACUCUCCUAUCGUCCAUUGACAAAAUGAGCUCGUUACAUUGUAGUUUUUACUAUGACAUUCAUUCUCAAUUUUAACUAGUAGAUUCUAUAGUAGAUGGUCAAGCAAUGCGAAGACCAUGAGUUCAAGCCCUUGUGACCAUUCUGAACUUAAUUAAACAACCUGUACAAACAAAACAAGUUUCACGUUGACGUUUUUAAACAAUAAGGUUAGAUGGUUAAUAGUAAUUUCGUCUUAUUGUUGUUUCUAGGCGACGGUAAAACCAUUUCUCUCAUUACGUCAGAAUACUCAGAAAGUGACAUCAAAUGGUUUAGGAAGUGAAGGAAAUCCUGUUGUUGUUUCCGUGAAUAAUGAUAAACGUAAGUUAAUUAUGACGCAUUGGUAAGGAGGUUGAGAUUUGACUUCCACUAUCGCUACCUCUUGCAGGCUUAAUACGCAUUUGAUUGGUUAAUCGGGUAGAAUAAAUGCAUCUGGUUAGUUAAUUGUAAUGGUAGCGAUAGUCGAAGUCUGAACCUCUCUAUAAGAGAGUUUAAGUUCGACUUCCAAUACCGAUAUCGAUGUCUUCACUUCCGUCCUCAUUUUGGUACCGGGAAUUUUAAAGCGUUAAGUUAUCACGACAGAUAAAGUAUAGAACACAUUAAUCGCCACCGAAAAUGUGCGGUAUAUACUAAACGGCAGCUGAGCUAAAAUUCCGACUGAAUCAUAACUCAGGCUGACAUUGUCCGGCCAGAAUGCGGAGUUGUCCAGUCAAAUUCGUGCCUUGAAAAGAACAAACUAAUCUUUACUUGACUUUAUUUUACGUCAGAACUGCAUGUGCUAUUGUGCUUAAGUUGAAACUUCGCGACUUCACUAACUACAGCUGUUACAAACUCGAAUGUAUGGACACACAAUGUCAGUGAGAAAGAAUGAAGAAAAAAUAUGAUUUUGAUUACGUUUUGUUUGUGCACACGAACCUGUUCGAAUUUAUUGACGGUUUAAUUUAAAGAGCUUCACGUAAGUCAGAAACUUUCAGAGAAUGAGAGGUGAAGACAAAAUGAUUUACAGGCAAUUUUUAAACUCUAUCUCCAACGAAUGUACAAAUACUUCCUUUGACAUCAAUGACGUUACAACGUUUCAUUGGGUGCCAUCUUGGUUAUACCUGCAAGCAUAAAACUGCUUUUACUUUUUUCUUGCAGGCUCAUUUUUCAAAGAACAACUUUGGAAUACUUUAAGAUUUCUUAUUGGUCUAUUCCUUAUUGUAUCUGUACUUGAAGCACAACUUCAAAUGAGAAGUAUGAGAAAUAGAUAUUUUAAUUUGCGCAUGACGUAUGAAUUUAUUUCUAUAUCAAUUUAUUUGUAAAUUCCUAAUCCUUACAAUCCUACUCAUAAGAAAGCAGCAGAUUGAGAGAUAAAACUAUCUGAAAAAUACAAGCACAAUUUCCAAGAAGUUAGUAGCGUGAACGACGAAGGGUCUUCGCUCGAAACUUUCCCUAACUUCUUGACGAAGGGCCUUCGCUCGAAACGUCGAAGUACGUUCUGCUUGUAUUUAUCAGGUAGUUGUAUCUCUAUCAAUCCGCAGAAACACAAAAAGAGCUAGAAAAAUGCGAAAGCAAUUCAGAUCUAUUCAAGAAUGUGAAGAAGCCUUGACUUGCGCUCGGCGUCGUCCCCAAACUUCUGAUUUGUUAUGCUCAUUGUCAAAAAUGCAAACAACGCGGGGGGGGGGGGGGUUGCCCUUGAUCCUUGAUUGAGCCCCUUUGAUUGUCCCCUCUUUGAUUGAGCCCUCUGGAGUGCAAGCUACCCCAAACAGUAAAGAAUUAGAAAUAGCGUUCAACUUUACAAAUAGCGUUAAACUUUUUCUUUUUUUGUUGUCUUAGUUAAACAGUUUUUUUAGCUGUAGCAGUUAUGAACUGGGCUGCAAUACCUCGCAUCCCUGUGGUCCCAGAUUGAACCCCAAUCCUUACUAAUCCUAACCUAAUCCAGUGAACCUAAUCUUAACCCUAAUCUAAUACUAAUGUACGCCAAAGUUAAUGAAAUUUAAUUUCAGGACAUUUAUUCGUUUAUUAAUUUCCACUUUAAUCAUUAGAUCUAACACUCUUGCUAAGAAAUAAAUCUAGUUUAUCAUUGAUGUAAUUCUCUUGCCAAGAAAUAACUUCAGUUUAUUGUUUUAGUGACCUCAAAUCAAAAGGAAGUACAGCCUGAUAGUUCAGAGAAGAAAGUCAAAUUUUCAGACGUACAAGGAGUGAGUCCCAUUUAAUUAUCAAACUUCGUACAGGCGCUUGGUGAAACAUAUGCAUGAAUGAAUACUUUACUUACACGUUUGUGUAAUAUAUUUAAAUUGUAGGUAAACUUUACUUAACAAAAACGUGAUAAAAAUCACCAUAACGUCUGCAUCAGUAAAAGGCCAAUCAGUAAAAGGCUUUGGGAAAACCAACACCAGCUUAUUGCAGAAUUCUACCAACACUACAGUACUGUUAACACAGGAGAAAGUAACAAUGAACUCGUGCAUGUAACAGAAACCCGUUAAAGACGUUCAUCGUUCAAAAUACAUGUAAUGACGUCAUGCUCUAACAUUCUUCCUUUUUUGCUUCAGGUCGAAGAGGCUAAGGUGGAAUUGAAAGAAGUUGUAGAAUUUUUAAGAUCACCAGAAAAAUUUACUAAGCUUGGUGGAAAACUGCCCUCUGGUAAACAUGUGUUUGAAAUUAUACAAAAAAGCAAUACUUAUAGUUCGUGCAUGCAUGUGUUGGCCAACACCGGGUACCAUGGUUUGCAUCCAAAGAGGGAACAAUCGUAGAUAACAACAUAUGUGUAUUCUCACGUGAAACUUUCAUGUUUGUCAAGAGCAUGAAAUUGACAGGUUAUCCUCUGAUCAGUCAUUCACUAGUUGAGACCUUUAAACGCUCGUCAUGAACACUAUAGCGUUUCGCGUAAGAAUGGGCAAUUUUCUGCGACUGUUCAUUCAUAGAUGCAAAUGAUAGUAUGUUUUGCUUUGAGGACAUCCCGGUCAUGCUGGAAUCUUUUAUAUCUGCAUAUUUUUCUGCAUGGCGUGUGAAAUGUAGACAUGUUUUGGUUGCUUUGAAGUAGUACAUGAUAUAUAACUUAAUUGGCCUCGGUAAUAAUCUCAUAUUACUCCUUAUGAUACGCGUUUAAUAUCAUAGUCACGAUUUAAAGAAAGCUGUUCUUUUCGAACACGAUAUUUUACUGUAAACGUUUCGGCCAGAGCAGUGAAAUUUUAUUUAAAUCGUAUACUUGCUGCAAAGUAUGAACUAAAUUUUAGUUCGGUGAAAUUGCAUUACUAUCAUAAAAUAUGAAAUUUGGAAUAUCACUCAUUGGUUUAUAAUAUGUUGCAGGUAUAUUGUUGAUUGGAGCCCCAGGCACUGGUAAAACGUUACUUGCAAAAGCUGUAGCAGGUGAAGCUGGAGUGCCAUUUUUCUUCUGUUCUGGAGCUGAGUUUGAUGAAAUGUUUGUCGGAGUUGGUGCUGCCAGAGUAAGAAACCUGUUUGGUAAGUGGAUCAAAAUGUUUUAUUUGAGUGAAUUGAGUCUCAGCUUGUUACUACCAGUUGGAUUCCACCAAACACCGUAGGUACGAGCAGUAACACUUGACCAUUAUAAUGGAUGAGCCUUGUUGGACCUCUAGAUAAAUAAUCGAUAUCAUGUAUGCCUUAUCGGUAGACAAUCGGAAUCGGUAGAAUUAUUUGUAUUCCCGAUUGUGUAAAACAGAUUGUUGAGAAAAUACGCACUUUAAAAAUUAUAUGCAUUGCGUGUUGAUACACGUUGCGUUUUAACGCAAUAUGUUAAAUUAACGCGUGAUGCGUACCAUAAUUUAUGAACGGUUUUAACGAACUUUGCAUGUAAAGUUUAUUCGUUCACUGCAACCAGGUAUAUCAAUCAUGUUUCGCUCGCUACUCUGGUUUAAAUAAAUGAUUACAAAGCCCAGUCGAAUAGUAAUCAAGACCCAACGAAACGUUGGGUCUUGAUUACAAUUCGACUGGGCUUUGUAAUCAUUUAUUUAAACCAGAGUAGCGAGCGAAACAUGAACUUUGCAUGGUUACCGUAACAUGUCACGUUAGAAAUUAUUGGUAAAUAAUCUAAAUGAAUGACGUCACCUUUACUUGGUCGACUGACAUUAUGACGUCAUUAUAGAAUCGGUAUCGGGUAGAUUGUUGCAAUGAAUAAUCGGUAAUUUCCGAUUGUGACACAAUCGGGUCAAUCACUACUAGAAAGAUCAGUUUAGAACUGAUGGAACUAUACAGUCUAAAAAAGAUUACUUUAGUUUGAUAAAACGUACACUCGGUAUUCUUAUACUGUGUUCAGCUGAAGUGGAUUAUUAUAAUUUAAACCUCUACCUAUUAUUGUACAGUUUAUGCAUGACUUCAUACAUGUAACCUAUUCUUUCACAGCUGCAAGCUAAGACAGUCACACCGUGUAUUCCAUUUAUUAAUGGACUUGAUUACGCUUGAUUAUAUGCAUACAAAUAUUCUUUUACUCUCCACAGCGGCAGCUAAGGAACUUGCACCUUGCAUUAUAUUUAUUGAUGAACUUGAUGCUAUUGGAGGAACGCGAAGUGUUGGAGAUCACCAACCUUAUUCAAGAAUGACAUUGAAUCAACUCCUCGUCGAGUUAGACGGGUAAGAUAAUUCAUUUUCAAUAAGUUGAGUUUUGUUAGGUCACGUGCUUUUACUAGAAGAAUGAUAAGACUUGUAAAACUUCCUGAAGAUUGCACAGGUGCUCGAAUUCUCCCCUAUGUUUCGUGUGCAUUAAAGUAUGUUCAGGAAGUGCAACUAGGCUCCGUGGCAGGAAUCGAACCUGCGAUUCCGAUGCAGCGUCGAGCUCUAACCGCAAGUUCAUGUAUAUGUACUAUAACAUAAUGCCAAUGUAAGAUGUAUGCAUGUUAUAUAUCAGGAUUUUGGGGCAUCUCACUCGAUAGAUGCAAUUGUAGGUGGAAAUUUUCUAGUGUAAAUGUGUAAGGGUUUUGUAGGCGGAAAUUUUCUAGUGUAAGUGUAUAAGGGUUUUGUAGGUGGAAAUUUUCUAGUGUAAAUGUAUAAGGGUUUUGUAGGUUGAAAUUUUCUAGUGUAAAUGUAUAAGAGUUUUGUAGGUUGAAAUUUUCUAGUGUAAAUGUAUAAGAGUUUUGUUGGUGGAAAUUUUCUAGUGUAAAUGUGUAUGGGUUUUGUAGGUUGAAAUUUUCUAGUGUAAAUUUUUAUUCAAAUGCUCCUGGCCUGGUCUAAUAAAUGUGUAAAAAUUUACGCUCGAAAAUUUCCAUCAACACUUUUACAAUGAAUUACAUCUAGUGAGUGUGAUGCCCUAAAUUCUGAUGUUGGGGAAGUGUCUCUCGUAGUUUUGUCUAGUUUUGUAAUAAUAGGUUUCGCAAAAUACUUUCUCAUUCUAACAUAUGAUUGGAUUAUUUAGGUUUGAUAAAACGGAAGGUAUUGUCGUUAUUGGUGCUACGAACUUUCCUGAAAUUCUCGAUAAGUAAGUAAAUAACAAAAAAAAAGAGACAAAAUGCUAAUAUUUAGAAGUCUUACUUUUAAUUGCAUAUUUUAUAUUUGUAUUGUUGUUCAGAAGAAAAGUACUUUAUUUCGAAAAUCUAACGUGGCUGAUAUUUCUAGGGCAUUAGUGCGACCUGGUCGUUUUGACAGUCGUGUGACAGUUCCCAUGCCAGAUGUACGAGCACGCAAGAGCAUCCUUGAACUUCAUCUGGGCAAAGUACAGUUAGCAGAUGGUAAGAACAUAGUUAACUUGUUCACCAUUAACGACGUCAUGUUGAAUCGUGGUGCAUUGUGGUCUUGCUAGGGGGUAGAAAGCUGUUUUUGGUGUGGAGCUAAUAUAUGAUAAUAUAUGGAAAAUUGAUUGUCAUGAGCACGUUCGCUUACCGCGCACAAAGCAUUCCGAGGAAGACUCGAUUCUGCCAAAUCUCCUCCAAUCACUCCCACGCACCUAUAAUAACCUAAAAACGCCUGGACACGAGGCUUCAAAUGUUACACGACACACUAUUAUAAUAGCCUUGGUCAACUAGCACGUGUAUAGAGUAGGCAGUAUGAGACUGUAAUAUCUUGCCCAUGCAUGAGCAAUAUUAACAACGGUCAAAGAAGAAAGAGAGAUUAGGCUGGCUGCAUUUGAGUCCGUAUAUUGAACCUCGAAUUAAAUACAUAUGAAUUAUGAAGUGGCAGAUGCUAAAUUUCUCCUGGAAGUGCUGCAGAGUAUAGGAAAACAUCUACGUUUGAUGUUAUGUGUAUACAGGAAUAAAUUUUAAGAGGAUAUAUUUUUUAUUUAGAUGUUAGUCUUGACACUUUGUCCAGAGGUACACCUGGCUUUUCAGGUACGUUAGUCUAAAGAUGGUGAUCAAUUUGUCGUUGUCUAUAAUAGUUUCUUCCUAAGAUUCAUCUAUGUUAUUGUUGUUAUGUACUAGCGCGAUUUUUCGAUCUGAUCGCUCUACACUAAAUUGCAUUUUUUCAAGAGUAAUGCAUGGGCGUUUAAGCGCACGUUCCAAUGAAGAGCAACGCCCCUUCCUGGACGCCGUAAUAAACAACACGAAAUAGCCCAAUACAUGCCCAGUCGUUUUUCUGAUCUAUCUAUUGAGAGCGUCAAGUUAGAGGCAGCACCUUCCAUACAAUAGUAACUCCUAGUGUAAUACUGAACAAUAAACUUCUGAACAAUAAACUUCUGAACAAUAAACUUCUGAACAAUAAACUUCUGAACAAUAAACUUCUGAACAAUAAACCUUCCGAGUAUUCUACAAAAUAAUUUUCAAAUUUAGCCUCCUCCGUAGUAGGCAUCUCUAUCGGGGUCACCUGUGUCAGGAUGAGAAAUGACGCAUGCGGACGAGGCUAUUUCAAAUGUAUGUCCAAAUACUGUAAUACAUACUGUACCGUUCAUUUCUCAUAUGUUUAGGUGCUGAUCUCGCUAAUCUGGUAAAUCAGGCUGCCUUGAAGGCUGCGAGUGAUGGUCAUUUUAAUGUGACAAAUGAACAUUUGGAUUACGCCAGGGAUAAAAUCAUUAUGGGUAAUAUACGAAACGAGUACUUCAUGUAAUAUGGAGGUUCAUUGAACCGGAUAUGCUGACACAGCGUACGAACGUUAAAAAAUUGUCCGGAAAAAAUGUAUGACCAAACUGAAAUUUAAUCGAAAAUUGUGUACCCAAACUGUUGGUACUUAAUAUCCAACCAGUUCAGCAUUCUUGUGCAAGUCACCACAGACUGGCUAAAAGUUCAUGUUUUAUUACGUACGGUAGGCCCUGAAAGAAAAAGUGCAUUCAUUGAGGAAAAAAAUCGUGAAGUAGUUGCAUAUCAUGAGGGAGGACAUGCAUUGGUUGCACAUUUUACUCCAGGUUUGUGCUAUUAUCAAAAUAAAUAUUUUUUCUUAAUACUCUAUGCAACAUGAAGGAUAAUGAUUUGUUGCCAAUCUUUCUGUAGAAGCCCUACCUCUACACAAAGCAACAAUUGUUCCACGUGGAGAUGCCUUAGGAAUGGUAAGUUACUGGCUCGAUCACAACUUACUAUACAUAUUUCGUUCCCUUAAACAUCCCUUCCCAUAAACGUCCCUUGAUCACCUUUUUCACUAUCAAAGUCAGAUUGUACAUUAGAUUACUGUGUUUGUUGCCGCUAAAGUUCAUCUAAUGGCAUCAUAAUUUAGUAUCAAGAUAUAUUACAUUUCCUCUGGGAAUGACCCAAAUACUGCCCUUACCAAAACUCUAUCAGGGAUUGGUGGCACUCUAAUUGCAACACUGAUCAUGUAUGUUCAGGUAGCUCAACUUCCAGAGAAAGAUGAACUAUCAUGGACUAAGAAACAAUUGUUAGCUAAACUGGAUGUAUGUAUGGGUGGACGUGUUGCUGAAGAACUCGUAUUUGGCAAGGAUAACGUUACAAGUGGUUAGUAUACAGACAUUGUCUAUGCUUGCGUGAAACAUCCAUAUAACGAUUAAACCGGUCAAUAAGCAUUAGGUUACGAUAGAUCACUCAAGCCAGAUGGUUUGGAGUUCACCCGUUGACCAAAGUGCGUAAUUACCUGAGGGUGCUACGAACAGCGGUGUUCGUGGAACUAGAUGGUGGUAAGGUGGUAGCAUACUAACGUCCUGGGGCCGCUUGUAUAAAAACAUAGUUAGCGCUAACUGCAGUUAAAAAGUAGUUAAGUCUUAAAAAAAUAGUCAACUUUAAUCACAUAGUUAAGCCGGUUGUAUAAAAGUGUAGUUAGCCUCUCUUGUUUAUUUUUUACUGUUUUUAAUAAAAUUCCCGCCUAUUUGCAAAAUACGAGUCCACAAUCAUGUUGAAAAUGUGUGUCAGCGGUCGUUACUCGCUGCUUACUUUAUGUAAUUACUCGCUGGGGCACUCUGUGCCCCAGACGAGUAUAGGUUUCGGCAUGGUUCUCCAAUCUCCGAUCGUCGACAGUCACAAAAUAGAAUAUUAAUGAGCUGCUUGAUCCUUUUCAAAAUGGCGGGGCCUUUCGUGAAGUGGGCAAAAUGUUUCAAACAAUUCCGUGCCCAAUUGCGUGAAAAUUUUGGCCGAAUUGUACCUGUUUUCUAUGGAUUUUGCAUUGUGUCAAACUCAGGACAUUCAUGCUAGUUUAUUUAAUGCGUUUUCCUUGGUGAACGACUCUGAAAAUUCGAAAUUCACUAAAUUUGGAUCGUUGAAUUCCCGUGCACGAUCAUAAUAUACUGAAUCUGAAUAUAAACGAGCCAAAGACAAUUUCAAGGUAAAGGUUAUUUAUUAAAACUACGUUCUGCAGUUUAAGUUAUAACUACUUUAUGAGAAGCAUAUUCGUGUCAUAUCAAUAUAAAUUAAUUUAUCGAACAACAGUCCGUGAAAACUGUCUGUAGACUGUAGUGUACACAGUGUGAAAUAUCAUAUUGUAUUUGUAUAAAAUGCCUCUUAAUGGCGCAAUAAGGAUAAAAAUACGACCGUUCGAUUCAGCGUAAGAAAUUGUACUUACGGAUGAGAAAUUGUACCUACGGAUGUUAAAUGUAUUACUAAACAACUGACAACAGUAUUAUAGCUAUUUAUGGCCUUUGACUUUGUCUUUAAAAGCAAAGCGAAAUUGUAUUAUUUGUUGACAAAUCGCUCAAAUAAUAUAUAAAAGAUGCAGUACGUCUUUGGUAUCAUUGGUUUUCUCUUUUUCGGCCGUACACCAGUGGAGUCGUCUCACUUCUCUCUUCAUUUUGAUAAUAUUUUGAGCCGAAAAGCCCAAAAAUAUUUUAUUUUAAACGUUUUAAACUGGCGGCCGACAGAAGAAUGUAGCGUAUAAAAUAUAACUUUACUUGUGGCCCGAGCUAAAGGGGAAACUUCCGGCGUUUAUGGCUAGGCUUAAUUUCCACGCACGUAAAACUUUAAAUCAGUAAAAUAGCCAAAUAAAUAAAGCAACAGAAUUCACUGUUACGAACGCUUUAGUAUGAAUUUGUUAACUUAUUUGUAAAAUAUUUGAAAAUAGAAAGAUUCAAAGUUUUACGUGCGUGUAGCCGUGUAUACGUGAGUACGGAAAACGCAACAGUGGAAAUCAGCCUUUAAAGGCUUGAUUCCACGGGCGCUUUUUCUCGGCGAAAUGCAAAAUAUUUCCCCUGCUUCUUUUGAAUUGUGAGCAAUCAAGUAGAAUUAAUUUAUUCGAGUAGUCGCAAUUCAAAAGAAACAGGCAAAAUAAUUCGCAUUUCGCCGACAAAAAGCGUUCGUGGAAUCAGGCCUUUAGAUCUUAACAGUAAUGUGCGUCAGUACUCAGUUGUGUAGCCCCAGCGAGUUAACGCUCCACAGAGCGUCUUGUUUUGUGUUUAAACGCCCCACGCACAGUUAACUACGUGAUUAGUUAACUAUCCGACUAACUACGUUUUGUGCAACGCAGUUAAGUCAUGUAGUUAACUAAUUACAGUUUUAAGGAUUUAACUAGAGUAAUUAACGCUAACUGCAGUUAGCGCUAAUUACGUUUUUAUACAACCGGCCCCAGACGAACGGCCUUCGCUUCGUAGUUGUAUAUGCUUCACACCGUAGCAACCUCAUUCCCAGACUUUUUCCUGUCGCACGAUAUUGCCUUUCCGAACAAUACGGAAACUGGCAACAACCAUCCACCUUUGCCAAGGCUAGACGAGGUGCACACCCCCAUCCCUGUAUGUUGAAAGUGAUAGGCUGACAAGAUUUAAACUGUGAAAUGCUCGUUACAAACAUUAACUUUUCACGUGAGCACAGACCAUGUUUUUAUCUGCGACUGUUCAUCACUAGAUACAAAAACCGUUACGUACACUGUUUGUUUUUUAUACUGUGAAGUGUGUUGAAUAGAAUGUGCAAGAGUUGCACAUUAAAUCUGUGAAAAUGUUCACCCUACACAGAAAUCUGAGUGAUACCUGUUUUGCAAUGUUAAUGUAACUAUAUCAAGGAUAAAUUUAAUUGAUCAGUUUUUGCAUGACUCUUGUAUACAACAGCAGUGCAGAACCUAAUUCUGUAUAAAUAAAAUUUCCUUUCGUUAUGAUUUCUUUUUCCGUGUAGGGGCGUCAAGUGACUUUUCCCAAGCCACAAACAUAGCCAGAGCUAUGGUCACAAAAUAUGCCAUGAGUGAUAAGGU